AUGUUACUUGAGUUCGUUGCUGUUAGUGUUGUAGUCUACUUCGCGUUUGGACAAGAAAUAAACCCGGGGGAAUGGAACAAGGAAUGGAGUGAAUGGAACCGUGAAUGGCAGGAGUGGGACCGCGAAUGGAGCGAGUUUUUGGGGAGACCCGUUUGGAGGAUGGAACCGUUUCACUCCGAUAGGGUUCUAAUCGUAAGAACCGCAAGAUUAACCACGAGCUUGGGUGUGAUAUCAAGCAAAAGUUCUGUCACAGCUCUUGUCUCAAUAAGAAACAAAAUUAUUUCUUGUAAGCUUUGUAUCAUAUGA